AUGGACAAAAUAAGGGAAGAGCUACUUCGUUUGCGCGCUGUACGAGAGAGAACUAGUGACAAGGAAACAUCGCUUAAUGAUUGUCUGGAUCUUAUCAAAGAAUGCGAAGAGUCUAAGUUUCUUUUUAACUCUGAACUACACAAGCAGCUAAUGUCUGCGCGUGACAGCUUGCUGAAGUUCACUCAUAGACUGAUGAGUUUGUUCCAAAAGCCAUCGUCGUACUACAACUUAGUAGAGAUUGUUCGAGAUCGUGAAGACAUUGCGCCGCUUGUGGAGGGUCAAAUUAUUCCUCGUUUUUUGGUAGAUUCUCCUGCACCCGAGGAUCAAUGGGUACAACUGCGAGAGUUCUCAUCGUGCCAUGAAAUGAAGCAACACAUUCAUGCACUGCGAGACCAACAACGUGCACUCAUUGGAUCAUUGCAAGAUGCAAAUUCGAAGCGUUCAACUGUCGACACCUGUAUCUGUUUGAGCAGUACUUCGCAGCAGCCUUCCGAUAUACUGAUCUGUAUCCUUUGCCGGGCAAAAUAUCAUGUGUCGUGCUGUGACUGGGAUCCAUUCCUCGAUCGACUUCCCGAAGGUGCCUACCUUUGUGUGAGAUGUUUGCGUGGAAGAAGGCCAUGCAUCGAAGAUGUUCAAGCUGCCUGUAAUUUAGCUCCAUCCAACUCCUUAGAGGUCAUUCUCGUCCGUGAGCUUGUUAAUCGUGGAAGAGAGCUUGCGUGUUUGCGUGGAAGAAGGCCAUGCAUCGAAGAUGUUCAAGCUGCCUGUAAUUUGGCUCCAUCCAACUCCUUAGAGGUCAUUCUCGUCCGUGAGCUUGUUAAUCGUGGACGAGAGCUUGCGUGCGAGGCAAAAACUGUCCUCGCUGACAUUGCAGUAGUAGGUGAUGAGCUGAGUGGGGAACUUAAAGACAGGUUCCUUUUACGAACAGCUCAGUCGGUGGUGGAGUCGGUGCUGGCGUGUGAGAUCCUGGAUAUGGAUGUUCUACCCAAAGUUGCAUCACUCAUCCAAAAAACAUGCUCAUCCAUUCUCGAUGAUCAAAAA